UGCCAAGCCAUGCGAUGAUACUCCGCUGGGAAUCGUCGGUGCGAUGGUCCUUGCAUCGGCAAAGUCACACAUCCAUUUGAUGAGGGACAUACCGAAGAUGAAGCGUCUGAACUCUUGACGAAUCGAAAAAAGACACAAUGGAAACCCUCAAUGGAUGGUUUGAGCUAAUAUGCAUGGGAGGUGCAGAACCAGAAUCGGAGUCUGACACAUUCAUCCGCGCUGGAACUGCCCGCACUGCAGCCACUCCAUUUGAUCUCUCCAGUGCAAGUUCCACUGGGAGCUCUGGGAGCGACAUUGAGGAUACUGCGCCUGGAGAUUUUCCAGCACCACAAGAGGUCGUCCGAGAGUGCACGGACCCGGUAUGUUUUGUUUUAUGGCUGCUUGCGAUUUGUGCGGUGGUCACUGUGAUCUUGUUUGGGACUUACAAGCCGGAACGCCAUGACUUCAUGCGAUUGACCAAUGCACGGGGAGUGCAGUGCGGUGUUUACGAUCAGAGUGGGAAGGACUUCUGGUACCUCUGUGGAGCAGAUAUGCUGAACGACACCUUUCUACCCACGUGCGUUUCAGCUUGCUCCAUGGAUCACAGCAAGAACCAUUGUUCCACCCAGUGGAAGCUCUUGGAGGUGUCCACCUAUGAAGCCCACCAAGUUGGUCCAUUGUGUUGGCCAACUGAUGAAACCUUGGCUGCGCAUCUCAGAUUUGUUCUGCAAGCGCGAGGUUUUCGAUCCAUUGAUAUGUUUUUAUCGGUGUACUUUGCUUGGCCACCUCUUGCAAUUGCAGCGCUGUGUGCGAUCACAUUUUCGCACAUGUGGACUCGUAUCUUGCGGGACCAUGCACAUUGCUUGGCAUGGCUGGGUAUCUACAUUCUCGUGACGCUUCCUUUGCUUUGCCUGGCCUUCCGUUGGUUAUGGUAUGGGCAAGUGGACAGACUUACUGCAAUUGGCAGUAUUUUCGCUGCAGCAUCCUUCGCAUUAUUGGCCUGUCGAACCGAGAAGCACUUGGAUCGGGCCACAAGCUGUUUGCAUUGUGCGUGUCACUGCGUCACUGACAUACCUAUUCUUGAGAUUGGCGCUGCUAUUACUACGAUGAUGAAGCUGGCACUGCUACUGGCUUCCAUAUAUCUGGUGAGAUUUGUUCCUACUACAUUGCAUUUUGAAAUCCGAACUGGCAAAUUAGAUUUCCUUUUCUACGAAAGCACAGCUGAGAAGAUUGCUGACAUCUCUGCAGCAGUAUUGUACUGCAUUUUUGUGCUCUGGAGUUGGAAUGUCAUCAACGCCUUCUGGGAACUGAUUAUUGUUGCUCUCACAGUGCUUUGGUAUGUGGAUCGCAAAGACAAUUUGGAGCCGCCAGGAAUCUUCAGAUGUAUGGAGGUCCUUGGUGUGUUGUUGCGCUUCCAUAGUGGUUCCAUUGCGCUGGCGGCGAUCUUGAUCGGUUUCCUGCGGCCUUUCCGCUUUGUGCUAGGGACUCUCACAGCUGUGACGCGGAUGCCACAGAAUCCCUUCAGUUUCAUGCAGAUGUCUUGCUGUCCCUGCAUCGUGGAUUGCUACGCCAUGUUCUUGGAUCAAUUUUCGGCGAACGCCUUUGUGGACGUGGUGCUGCAUGGUUCGCCCUUGUGGCCUGCCAUGCAGAAUGCUGAUGUGGUGAUGGAAAGGUGCCAGACCACGGCCAACUCACUGAAUGGGACAACCUUCAUCUUUCAGGUGAUCUGCUUAGCCCUCACUUGGUAGUUUGGCUUUGUGAUCAGUUAUGUGGCCAUCACACAGAUUCCAGAAUACAGCGAUCCCAAAAGCAUGAACUACGUCCCCUACACCAUGUGUUGGUGUGUGGUUAGUGGCUGCCUUGCCCUUGGCUGCUCCUUUCCCCACAUGAUGGUUUUCGAUACAUCCUCAGAUACCAUUCUGUAUCUUCAAACUCUGAGAGAAAUGCGAGAGGAAGAGGCUGAGAGGGAACUUCGACAACUUGCAGCUGGUCCCGCCUCGAGUGUGAUUAAUAUAUUGCAGGACAUGGCAAGCUCUGCUGUGAGAUGUGCUUUCCCAGGUCCCUGAGAUUCUGAAUUCAUUUCUAGCUGAAUAAUGCUGAAUAGAUCACUGAAUAGAUAUCACUGAUAUCAAUGGAUAUCAAUGGACAAAUAGACGCUGAAGCGACCAAUUCGUUUCACAUCUCUAGACAUCAGCCAGCUCAACGGCUUGGCAACACAAUGCCUGCGGCGAACCGUGCUUUCAAAGUGUGUGGCACCUUCGACAGCAACAAAA